AUGUUUAGACUCGCAAUAAGUUUCUGUCUAAUCGCAGCAUCUUUGAGCGACUCGCUGCAGCCGGGUCCAUGUCCUGAGAUUACUGUGGACCCGAUAAAUUUGGAUAAAGUAGCUGGAGUAUGGCUUGAGCACAAACGCAGCCUUAACAAUUGGGGAAAUUUAGAAAAAUGUGCAAAGGCCAUUUGGCAUGUUCCUCACAAUGGUAUAGCGAAAAUGGCUGGAAAAUGGUAUGGGUACGCACGUAGCAGUAAUAAUAGAGAUGAGGCUGAAAGAUGUCCUAUAUUUAAUUGGAUUCAAAUCGAUGAUGGCCGAACGCUAUUCGUUUUCUCUGACAUUUCAGCAUUAAUCAAUGAUAAUUCUACAAUAGUCGCCGAU